CGAGGUUCUCGCACACGUGUUUUGUCGUAAAAUGUAAACAAACUUGUGAUGGAUUGUUGUGUGCAGUUUUCCACUCAUUGUGUUGCGUUUUAGUAUGAGCACAUACUGUGUGAUGGUUACGCAGAAAAAUUAGUUUCUCAUAUUGAAUUAUAGGACACUGUUACAUACGGCUGCUUUUAUUUGGUGUAUAUAUCCGUUAUUGUGAAUGCCAUAGGGUUAGCUUGGUACAUUGGAGCAUCAUGGGGAAGAAAAAUAGAAGCAAAAAAUUUGAAAGGGAAGAAAAGUCCAAAGUUAAACUGAAGAAAAAGCAGCUUCUUCCAAAAGGACAGAAUGUGACAGAUACUACUUUCAAAGUUAAAAAGAUAGUUAUUCGUGAACAACUGAAAGCACCAUCUUCAGAGGAGCCCCUUUCAAGCAGAAAACUAAAUGUGAAGGAGCUUCUUACUAGACUGCAGCAUCACAAUAGCUCAAUGCGUCAGGAUGCUAUACGGGGUCUGGCUGAACUGGUGGCAAAUUUCUCAUCAGAAGUUCUAGAUGGUGUGCACUUGCCCCAAGUGAUUGAAAAUGUUACUCGCCUUUCUCUAGAGUGUGAAUCUGCUGUUCGUAGAGAGGCAGUAAAACUUCUUGGAUCAAUUUUCAAAAAGGUAGAUGAAGUCCAUAUACUGCCAUUGAUGAAUGUGCUGUUCUCCUACAUGUGCUGUGCCAUGACACACAUAAAUCAUGCCAUUCAGGAAGACUCCCUGCUGCUUCUGGAUGCAGUUUUGGACUCAUAUCCGAAACUUAUGGCUCACCACAUACACACAGUUCUUCCCAAAUUUUUCGACAUGAUUUCAAGACUUCGUUCGGAUUCGAAGCCUGGACGGAUGCUUACAGUGAAUCUCGGGAGCCGUCUGACGAGCGUCAGGUGGAGAAUACAGGUGUUAACACGGCUCCAUAAGUUGAUGAGUUCACUAUCUGCUGCUGUAGACACUGGAUUUAAAGACGCUUGUAGGACUGUCAGUGUAAAAUCAGAACAGCAGCAUGUUCCUCUGUUUGAGGGUGAUGUUAAUAGUGUGUGUGACCUACCAAACAUACUACAGCAUGGCUCUGACACCUCUUCGACAACAGCAGAUGAGAAAGAAGUACUUCAGAACUAUGUAAUAACCCUCGUACCACUGCUGUUCGAAACAUGGGUUGAAGUAGCUCCUGCGGGCUAUGGAGAUGAUGAUAAUUCCUUGGGUGAAGAAAAUGCAGCACUCCUGCAGUGCAUCCUUGGUAUAAUGAGUUACAUGUGGAAGUACCUAAAAAACUGGGAAGCGAUGCAGUUGGAAAGCGGAACAUUAACACUGUUGUUUAGGCAACAAAGUUCUUCUGACUUCAGACAGCAUUUGAUGUCUGGCUUCCCUUACUCGAUCAACAAGUUGCCGUCAAGUGACAAGAGAGAGCAGCGGGAGCACCGCAGAAAUAUGCAGCUGCUAACAAAAUCUGGAGUGCCUGCAGCUCUUGAUGCUGACUGUGUGCAGCAGAACCUGGCCCUCUGCUAUUUGGUGUGCUGUCUGCUGCAGCCAGUAGACAGCCAAGUCUCUGAGAUGGUGUUGCAGUAUGUAAGAAAGUGCCUGGAGUCUCGCACCGUUGACGAUGCCGAGCUGUUGCCUGUGCUCCGGGAGUUGCUCUUGGGAGAAGCGAAGACGUGGAAUGGGGUGCCAGAGCUGCUGAAUGUAGUUGUUGCUGUCAUCGGAAGGAGAGCAAAACUCAUACAUGUCCUAUGUGAGUUACUGUCCAGGUCUCAAAUCUCCUACUGGCAAAGGAGUCCUUCAUUCAAGAAGUGGAUUGGUCUGUUACCUGAUGAGUUAUGCAAAGAGCAUGUUCCUUACAAAGUUGUUCAAGCUGUCCAUCAGUUGUUAUCCCAGAAGAAUGUUCUUUUGCUUGAGCAGUUAUGUCAUAAGAUUCACAAAAUAAUCGAUAAUCUGGCAUACAUUACAAUCACUGGCACAGAGAAUACUCUUGAAGCAAAAAAAUAUCUAGGCAAUUCAGUGUACUGGGUAAUGAACCAUGAUAGAAGAGUGGCACCCGUAAUACAAAAGCACAUUCAGAAUGAUAAACUGGACAAGGAACUGAAAGUCCAUAUCGCUCAAAUUUUGGACCUGUAUAAUUGAGCAUGAUUCUUAUAGAAUGAUUUGGAACUAUAAAUAAAAGUACAAACAAACUU